GCUAGCCGAUUUGAGCGGACCUACCGUUCCGCCUUCUACAACUGCGCCCGUCGCUGUAACGCGCAAACAAAUAAACAAGGUUCGCUCACUAUUCUACCCCUUUUAUCUCUAUUUCGUAUAUUUUAUUCGACAUAUCCGACAAUAUGAUAGACUUGCCUCACGAAGAUAUUCUCAGCACUCUCAAAAAGCUCCAAGAGACCAUCCAAAACCUCCCGAAUCUGCCAACCGACUUAAGAACGUACAUUCAACACACCGUCCACCAUGCUUCUAAGACAAUAAAAGAAAAAAUACAAUCCUACACGAAUAAUACAGCUACCAGCCUAAAGCUGUGGGCUGCAGUCACACGUCCACGUUCCAACCGUGCCCCAACCUUGCUAUAUUCCCGCCAUGAUUUCCAUAAACUUCCUGAAAUCCUCAGCCAAGCUAUGGAAAAGAACGCGAAAACAACAGGUAUCUUUAAGGUUCGGAUUACCGAUGCGAGUCACACCUGGAAACCGCCAGACAAUCUAGCUUCGGUUAAGUGCAGCAUGCAAACCGCUAAGCGUCGAGAAAACGGAACAUUCCUUAUAUCAGCAAAAGACGCCCGAGCAGACUUUUCAGAUAUGACGACCGAGAGCGGGGAAGUUAGCAAAGAAGAAAUCAUAGUUGAUUUUCAUGCCUUCUUGGCGCAAGAUACUACCCCAAGCGUCCCUUACCGAGUUGAUGUCCUUGUUGAGGAUGAGCCAGCUCGAACAGACGCCGGAUUUUGCGAAAAGAGUAUGCUGGCAGAUCUCGAUGAUGAUGUUCUAUCCGUUCAAGAACAUAAUGGCUUGAAGAUGCCAGAUGGCAUCGUUUCCUGCUUUAUGUAUCAGUCACCUGCAUGUAAGGAUAAGUAUGCAGUCUUUCCGCUGCAUACCGAUGACCAUCGUUUCCUUGCCAUACAGCAGCUACACAAAGGCCGGAAAAUAUGGAUUGCUAUCAACCCAAAAGGCAAUGCUAAGCUUGAGGGCAAAAUUCGGGCUUUGAAAGACAUGCCUGUGCAGGAAUGCUCGCAAUUUGUCCGCCACACCGCCUCCUUUAUACCUUUACCACUCUUGGAAACCUGGGGCAUUGACUAUGAAGUCAUUGAUCAGAAAGAAGGCGAAAUUGUCAUAGUUCUUGGCGGAGUGUAUCACCAGGGCUUUACUGUAGGUGCCUCUGUUGGUGAAGCUCGGAACUAUGCCGAUAAAAGCUGGAGCGCCAAGGGUUACCGUCAAUGCAACAGAAGAAAAUGCGGCAAAAUUGCUAUCUGUGCUGCUGAUCUUCAUCUUACACAAGAUGGCGAUGAUUUUACGUGGGAGCAAUAUACUCAAGGGGCUACUGGAGUUUCGGAGGGUAAUUCCCUUGCCGAGCCGCAAUCCAAGUCCCAACUUGAAGCUCGCGCUGAGUCUAGAACCAGGCGUCGUCCUUUCGCCGAAUUUGUCUCCCAAGCUCAUAAUAGAGCCAAGCCUCAAUCAAAACCUCAAUCCACAUCUCAAACUGAAGCUGAUGUUUGUGAUAGAGCUCAGGAACAAGCUGUGACUGAGACCGUGCCCCGAGCUCGCAGCAAAACCAAACUACAAUCAAAAGUACAAAUCAAUCCUAUCACGCCACAAGCCCGCAAAGAGAUUAAGCGGAAGGCUGACACGAAAAUUGGAGGGCAAGUCAAGAAGCCUCGCCAGGUGACAAGGGCUUCCCUAUUACGAGGCCCGUUAACGUCACUACAAUAUAACAACGGUUCAGAGCAUGAGGCAUUUUUCUUUUUAGCUGCAGUGCUUAAAGAUGACAAUUUUGCGUCGAGCGUAAACAAGUACGUCACAGAACUUGCAAAUCCGGCUGGAAUUCAACUUGUCGAAAGAGAAAUGGCUAUAGAAUGUAUGGGAAAAGAUGCUGCUGAGGUUAUCAACGAUUUGAAAGCCUAUACGGUUUUGAAACUGAAUGUAGACUAUGGGCUGAGAGCUAAUGAGCUUGCAUUUGCUCGAAUUCUUGCCGAGUCUAAUAAGGGUUUCGAGCGUACGAACAGCGAGAAAAAAAAGUUAUUGCUUGCGAAAAUGAACUGGGACGAAUCUUCAUACGAGCGGACAUUGACAAGCGGUAAAAAGUUUGCUCGCUUGUGUGGUGAUAAGAAUGGCUAUCUUGCUAUAGCCAUUUGCUUAUAUGAGGUUCCCACUGCAGACAAAGCACUACAACAACUACAAAAAUUAGGGCAACUAUAUUUCGAAAAACUCCGAGAUGAGAUGCAAAGGAUGACUGUGUUUGAGAAAUCAAGCGAAAUGGAAAAGAUAUAUAGUAGGAGACCAAAAGAGCGACUUCAAGAGAUAAUGACUACAUUUAUAAAAAGUUGAUAGAGUUAAUAUUAACACAGGGUCGACCGAAAGAGUAUCCGCCCCUUUGUAAUAUUGAAAAAAGAAAUAGUACGUGCCCUACAUCAACCACAUGUGGCGCAAGAUCGCAAUGGAACUGUGUGAUGCUUGUACUGUACCCCC